AUGGGGGAAAUGGGACUUAGCCUGGACGACGAUGCAGUGCGUUUCAUUACCUGCCCUGGAGACUCUCCGUGCUGCAGUUUUACUGCAACGGAGUCCCAUGCCUUUUUUGGCUAUACCAACGGCCGGGUCACCGCCCACCGCUUGGACAGCUGCUCUGGAGAGCUUGAAUGUGUCGCUGAUGCCACGACAGUGCUCCCUGCCGGAUCUAGCGAGGUGGGAAGCGGGGUGGCGAAGUGCAAUGCGGACAUUUCACGGAUGAUUGAUUGCCUGUGUCCAUGUCUGUACUCUUCGGUCGAUAAAAUUCUUUUAUCUGUUUUGCAUGGGCAUGAUGUUGUUACUUUCGUGACUUUUAGCACCGCAGAUUCAUCCGAUUCAGGCCAUUUUGGCUUUCGGGUAGAGAGAUCGGUAUCACUCCAUGCUGCUGGCGACCCUCUACAGUAUACGAAUCGUGCUACAGCACACUGUUGGCUUGAUGGGGAUACGUUCUUAGUCGGAUGCCUAGACGGGGUGGUGUUGGCAGUCUCAGCGUCGGUAAAUGCUUCACACCGCGUCGUACUGAAGGAGCAAUCACCAAUCGUUCAAAUUGCGUGGGAUGCAGUGAGUAGUUUUCUUGUAGUUUCUUCCGUGCAGCGUAGUGUCGUAGCCACCUAUGCCAAUGCUUCACUGAGUGUGAAACCAAUAGGGACGAAACCAAGGGAAGAGGGCGUGCUCGGCGCCUGCAUCUGGCCAAUCAGCCAUGCGGUAUAUGCUGCACGUCACAACACACGUAUCUUUGAAUGUGCUGUUUCCUCUGGUGUCGUUGCACGUACAUUCCGAAUCCCUCCAGAGGCGGGAUUGGGUGCGAUGAAGCCGCUGCUGAUAGCGUCGUCGUCUCUCGCAGUGACCACCCAUAAUGGUGUGGUGCAGAGCUCACCGCCUCCCGUAUUGCUGUGGUCAGAGGGUCCGCGUUUUGUCAGUAUUCUGGUCCUUGCUACCACAGACACCCACCAUGUUACGCGACGUUUUUUCAAUACUGCUGUUGUUUGUAGUGCUAUCCUUUCUUCAUCAGCACUUGUGCUCUGUUCAGACGGAAAGCUCAUGUAUGUUCCUCUUGUGAGAUACAAGUUCCCUACUCGGGUACCUCGUCUUCACGCUUCCGAUGAGUUAUUGGAGCGUUCAAGGUCGGAACAGCUGAGUGCGGCCGAUACUGAAUCCAGGUCCGUGCAUCAUCACAGGAGAGUGGUUAAGAAGAAGGUUUUUCUUAUCGUGCGCCGCCGAAAAGUAUCACGCAUUGGGGAGGUGCUGCAUGCGUCAGAAUGCUGCUCGCCCGUGUUGGAUCCUGUAAUUCCUGCUCCAGAGCCUCCUCUUGUUGAUGAUGAUAGGACGCAUAGCGGUGGGCUGGCCAUAAUUCCACGGUCGUUCUCUGCACACAGUGACACCUCGUUGACUUGCGAGCGUGGGACGGUGGUGACUUCAACGGCCGGUGGCGUGGACGAGGUGGAUAAACUCCACAAAAAAGAUGAUGUGCCGAGAGAAAUCUGUCCGCGUGUGGUAUGCGAGAAAGUAUUCAUCCCUAAAGAACGAGAAGCUUCUUUUUGUAGGAAUGAUAACAGUGUUGAGGCGGGAAACAAGGUUAAAAGAAACACUGGGGAGAGUGGAAUGUCGAGAAGCAGCUAUCGUCGCUUUCGAGUUGAAAUGGAUCACUUGAUACGUCUCUUUAACGUUCAUGCCCUCCAUGUUGGUGAGCAUUCACAGCUUUACGCUGCUGUGCAAGAAUUCCUUCCACUGCUCGAGGAACAGCUGAUACAGAGUAGGCUUUUGUCCUGGUCGUCACACCUCGUGCCGCACCUCGGCGAAAUCACCAACUCGUGCGGCGGUCGUCACCAAACAGCAAAUGACACCAGAAAAAUAGUGGACGGGAAUUUUCUUUUUGAGGAGGAAGCCACGGUGAGUGCUCUUCGUAAUGUGCUCAAGUCCGCUUUGGCAUGGUCUGUUAAGCACGAGGUUGGUGAAGGUGAACUCCCGUGGAUGAAAACUGCUAUUCUGCUGCAUUUGUUACUCGCCAUCCCGUGGCCAGCAUGCUCUAUUGCAUCCUUGCGCGGCUUAUCGGAGCCUAUCCCGGGAGAGUCGGGUCAUUUGCAGCUGCGAUUGACAGAGGAGUGCUGGUUGGAGGAAGCUGGCGCCAUUGAACAGACGGUGGAACGCUGUGGCGUGGAUGACAGGUACCUACCACUUGUCCUCGCCCUCAGCAACUAUGUAGUCUCCUCGCUGCAGGCGCCGCCGUCAAGUAGCACGACGCCAAUGCGACUCUCAGUUCUUCUUAAUGGUCACGAAAGGUGCGCGGUGAUAUUAGCUAAUCUUCAGGCUGCUCGACGUACUUCUGUGGAGUGCCAGCAAUCACGGGCUAUGGAAUUACAGUUGGAGAAUAUCAUCGUUGAGCAAUCACCACACAUUCUUGACGCGCUGGAUGAUGUACCUUACCCAAACUGCGCUUUUUAUGCAUAUUUCCCAUAUGUAUUCGCUACAUUUCCGUCCAAGGCGAUUUCGUUGGCGCUACAGCACUACCCAGGAACAUCCCUCGCUUACUUUGAGUGGGCGUUGUCUAGUACUGUGCAGAGCAUGGCGUUCCAAACACUACGUGAUGCUGGGAGUGUGGUAGCACCCCUCUCUCUUGAGGACCUCGCAGACGGCAUAGCGGAUUUGGUGCUUGCACUAUACGAGGCCUCUGGGCUCAAACUCUGCGAGUCUCCAGCAGAUUACUUGACGUGCUUGCGUAUUCUGCUACAACGACGUUUUUCACUCCUGAGGUGGAUGAUGAGGGCGGAGCAGGAGCGGCUCCAACGAAUGACGGAACGUGGCGACGAUGCCACGUCAGGCAGUUAUGGGUCUUGUUACGGUCGAGGGCGAAGUCUGGCUGUUUCGGCGCCCCUCUUCCGGCGCAAACUACAGCGACUGGAAGGAGGCUUGUAUGGCCUCUUGCAGGGUGUGCCAAGCGUGAUGGAUGCUUUUGCCGGUACUCCUGUCGUUGCUGCGGUUGCUGCCAAAGACCGGGUGGCGCUUCAUGAGGAUAUGAAGCAUCGUGUCUUGAACCUUCUUGAGGAAUAUGAAUUCCCUGAAGGCGUUGCCGCCCUCUCGUGGACGCGUGAAUUCAUAGCCCACUGCAUGGCCAAGAACCGUGUGGAGCGUUUGCUGCCGCUCUUUCAACUUCCACGCAGCACCAACAACGACAGCGAGUGGGUUUUUUUGUUCCGGCUCGCAUAUGAGUCAGGCACGCUUGAAGUUGCGAUGCUUUUCUGCCUCACUGUGGAGCGGGUCCCGGAGCGCGUGCGGCAGUUGCUGCAGCGUGCAUUCGCUUCGCGUGCUGCGUCCGUGGAGGCGGCGCACGGGGACGAACAGUUGGAGCGUGUGACAAUGAAGCUCGGUAUGCUGACCUGA